UGCUUUGUACCAACUAAUUAUAAUUUUUCCUCUCUAAAAUGGUGCUGAAAAAAAUACAUCAACCAGAAAUGCGCACGACGUAUCUUUUAAAAUCCGGCCAGACGCUCGAGAAUACCAAAGUGUCUGAAAGAACUCGAGCGUUAGUAGUGACAAAGGAUACCUUUCAGCGUUUCGUGGAUUAUACUACGGAAGACGAUAGAAUAGCGGCACAACAAGAAAAGGAAGCUGCAAAAAUUGCAAUAUUAAAAAAAGCAACUUAUGAAAAAAGUAAAGCAUGGGACAGCACAAUAGAAAAUAUUAAGGCGAGACAGAGAGAAGAGUUAUUGUCAAAGAAGCAAAAAACUGAGGAAGAGAGGAAAGCGUUCGUGAAGGAAAUGGCAGAGAAAAAGGUGGUGGAGCGUGCAGAAGUGGUGCAGCAAGCAAGGAGAUUGCUUCAGCAAAAGAGACCUUUGUGCCGACAGAUUAAUCGUGCUCUUCUCGUCUCUGAGUGUCUUAGGGAGCUGGAUGCCCAAGUAGCGUUGCAAAAGACUAUUAGAGUAAUGGACGAAGAACAAGAUGAAAAAUAUGCUAAUUCCAUUAAAACAGACGUUGCAAAAUACGAGGAGCAGAAAAAACAAGAGGUAGAAAAACGGACGAAAAAAAAGAAAGAUUACAGGACUGCUUUGAAAAAACAGAUCGAAGAAAACGAAAGGGACAAUAAGCUAAAAGUAACGGAAGAAUUAGAAGCUGAAAAACAGGAUCAAGCAAACAUGACCCAAGAUAUGCAACUCAUGAAAGAGAAAGAGAUGCAAGAUAUAUUGAAUAAAAAGAAGAGACUACAGCAAUUUUUCAAGAAAGCGAUAGAGGAAAAAAAACAAGUCGAACUAGAAUUACAGCACAAUGAAGAAUUAGAGGAUCGAGCGCUAGAAGUCUGUCGGGAAGCUAAAGAUCGAAUACAGAAAAUUCAAAAAUCAUUAGCGUUGAAGAAGAAGGAAGAAAAAGCACGUCAGAUGCAGAUUAUAGCGGAGCAAUACGUUUCAACUGAGGAAAUUCGCGAUGUUAAAGAGCGAGAAAUCUUGAAAAAAGCUGUUGAAGAAAAAGAAGCAACCGAGGCGGAAAAACGAAAAGCACAAAAAGAACGAGAAGAGAAGAUGCGCGCUCUCAUGGAAGAAUACAGGCUUCAUGACGCGGCGAUAAAGACCAAGCAAAGACAGGAGGAGAAGGACCUGAGAGCUUGGGAGAUGAUGCAGAGAUUUAAGAGAGAUGAGUAUGACAAACAGACCGAUUUGGAAGAACGUAAACGACAAUGGCAACAAAAAUUGAAAUAUGGCAACGAAUUACGGAAGGAUAUUGUAAGAGAGGAGAAACAAUUGGACAAAGAACGCGAAAAGGAAGUUCUUGAAGUUGAAGCGACAAAAGCCGCAAUCGAGAAAACUAAUCAAAGGAUUUUGCUUUAUGGCGACGAAGUUUUAGAAGAAUCGAAGGGCGUGAGACCGCUUUAUCCGAUCGUCAAAGCCAUAGGAGAGAUUAAAAAAGAGAUGGGAUUAGCGCCAAAGAAAAAACUCGAAGAGUCAACCGUCAAAGAGAAGCGGCCGAAGAGAAAAUACAGAGCUCAACGCCGAUGCAGUUGCCCGAAACCUGUUGCGGCAGAUCAAAUAUAUUAUUUACAGUGACUGUCAUUGCAAUAAACAGUGUUAAUUUGUAAAUCGUCCGACCGCAAUUACUACACAUUUGUCCAAUCAUUCAAGAUGUCACCCGAGUCAUUUUUGCAUCAUACUGUCAAGUCUCACAUGUUUCGACUCACGCAAAAAUCGGAAUCGGUAGAAACAAAAUAAGUUGUCCACGUCAAGACGACAUUUACCAGCAAUUUGUGAACAAAGAAUUCACUAACUUGUGAAAGUUGGAGCAUUCCCACGGCUUACUGUAGUAACUCGUUAUACAUCAAAACAUAUUAUACUACUUUCAUGCAGUCCUUUCUCGCAGCAAUUAAAUAAGUUGUCUAAAG